GCACUUACCUGAGCACUUAUCUCCGCACUUACCUGAGCACUUGGCUUCCAGCACCCUGCCUGGCAGACACUAGCCAAAAUGAUACCUGGAGGCUUGACUGAGGCCAAACCUGCCACUGAAGAAAUCCAGCAGAUUGCUAAUGAGGUUAAACCACAGCUUGAAGAAAAAACAAAUGAGUCUUAUGAACAAUUCGAAGCUGUAGAGUACAAAACUCAAGUAGUGGCUGGAAUAAAUUACUACAUUAAGGUGCGAGUAGGUGAUGAUACUUAUAUUCACUUGAAAGUAUUCGAAGGUCUUCGUGGACAAAAUGAGAAGUUUGUACUUACUGGUUACCAGACUAACAAAAGCAAGGAUGACGAACUGACUGGCUUUUAGCAGGACAUUCCAAAAGGGAUCUGAUUCCUUCUUCUGGCUACUGAUUAAUGAUACUGAUAAACCAUCAAUAAAGAAAUAUUCCUUUUCAAAUACA